CUCAUUACUUAGUGCUCGCUGAAGGGGACAGAGCUAGAGCGUGUGCUCAGAGGCUGCCUCUCAAUGGGAGGAGGAUACAGAUGGAGAAAGCGAGAGAGAGAGAGAGAGAGAGAAAGCGAGAACGCGAGAGGGGAGAUUCUACAGCAGUAAAUUAAGGAUUGCUCCUUAUGUGCCUGUAAACGCGAAAAGCCAAAUCUAUUCUGUGUCAGUGCCAGGGUCUCCUCAAGGGAAGUCAGUGAUAUUUCAAAGGUGGAAAUGGCAAGGCUCUAAAUCUGUUGUUUCUGACUGGCUCAGCUGUCAGCUUUCAGUCACUGUGCUCAACACUGUUGGUUGUCCUCAGACAAAGUGAAGAAAAGGAAGGAAGAGUAGUGUGACGAGUCAAAGGAGUUUGGGAGUCUCAACCUAAAUCAAGGACGGAGUUGGAUGGGGAUUCCACAUCAGCCUCAAGAUGGAUGGAUUUAAAACAACGUGUUAGAAUACUUAGAAACACUGCUUGCAGACAACCCUUCUAGUUUGUUGAUGUGAGGAUCUUUUGACAGAGCAGAUGUGUCCUGUCAUGUCCUGGCUGCUGUGCCUGGUCCUCUGGGUCAGUGGGAGGUCCAUCCAGCUGUGCCAGGCCACCUUUUAUGAGACCAUACAGCUACAGCAGCACCAUGUGACACGGCCUGGAAGGACCUCCAUUCACGUGAUUGAGGGAGGAACAUGUGAGGUGAUUGCUGCUCACAGAUGCUGUAAUAAGAACAAGAUUGAAGAGCGGUCCCAGACAGUCAAGUGUUCCUGUCUACCAGGGAAGGUGGCAGGGACUACCAGGAACAGACCCUCCUGUGUUGACGCAUCCAUAGUGAUUGGGAAGUGGUGGUGCGAGAUGGAGCCCUGCCUGGAGGGAGAGGAGUGCAAGACGCUGCCUGACAACUCAGGCUGGAUGUGUUACGCUGGGAACAAGAUCAAAACCACCCGGAACACCCAACAGCCUGCAAGCGAAGAAUACCUCGAACUUUAGACGGACCAACUGCAGAGAUCAAUCCAAGGACCCAACAAAGACAUUCAGUUUGCUUUCCUGGAUGUGUGAAUUCUCAAAAAAAACUGCUGCUCAAGGGUAUUGGGAAUGAUGCAGUUCAAGGAUACCAAUGGGGGACCUUAUUGAAUUCUGAAUUUUGUUAUUUGAGGAAACACUGCUUUUGGAUGUACAGCACAUCUGUUGUCAGAAAACUCAGACAGACUCUGCGAGAUGGGCAGACAUUUCUGGGUUACCUUUAGCAAGUACUUGCAGUGGGGAGUCAGGAUUCUGUAUAUACCAUGUUUCAGUGUCUUCAUGUUAACAAGAACAUUGUCUACAGUAUGAUGGUGGUGAGAUGUAAAAUGAUUCCAAACCCUGAUCUGUUCUGUUCUUGUCCAUGUGUUCUAGGUUUCAGACCACAGCCAAAAGUCUAAUAUUUCUCAGACAUUCAAUAACCUAUAGGUUCUACAUCACGUGAGGAUGCAACUGUACAUUGGUUGUUAAAAGGAAUAAUUUGACCAAUAUAACAACACAUAUUUUUGUUAUGGAAAAAAAACGUUUUUGUAUUUGAAUGCAUUCAGUCAACUCAGUUGCUUCAUCAUCCCUCUUAGAAAUAACAACACUUAUAGUCCAGUUAUCCUUCAAAAGGUUGAUUGCUCACCAAAAAUACAGUAUGCUUGUUUUGUUUGUUUUUUACUCCUUUAGAUGCCUUAUGUGUGUCUUCUUCAACAACAUAUUAAAAGUCUACCAUUGC